AUGAACGGAACUGCCCGGGCUUUAUCUUUUGGGAAUCACGGGCAGGAGUUGUUGAGCACGGGCGGUGACGGGCAGAUCUACCAUUUUGAUCUGAGAAGCAUGAGUUGUUUCCAUAAAGGUGUUGAUGAAGGGUGCUUAACGGGUACAGCUCUUGGAAUGUCACCAAACGGGAACAUAUUUGCAGCGGGGUCCGAUAGUGGGAUUGUGAAUGUUUACAAUAAGGAGGAGUUUUUGGGGGGAAACAGAAAACCGAUGAAAAGGAUUGAGAAUCUGACAACAAAAGUUGAUUUUAUCAAGUUUAAUAGUGAUGCGCAGAUUUUGGCGAUUUGUUCCGGUAUGAAGAAGAACAGUAUGAAGUUGGUGCAUGUGCCUUCGUUUACUGUUUUUUCAAACUGGCCACCAGCAAAUAAGGCGUUGCAGUAUCCUCGGUGUUUGGAUUUUAGUCCGGGUGGAGGGAUGAUGGCUUUGGGGAAUGCUGCUGGUCAUGUGUUGCUUUACAAGUUAAAUCAUUACCGACAUGCAUAA